AUGUCCGGCACGCCUGGACAGUCGAUCUCUGGCACGCCUCGACAAUCGAUCUCUAGCGCAUCUAGACAGUCGGUCGGCCGCCACAGGUCGACACUGUCCCUACAAAAAACCGAAAUAAUCAUUAACGUAUACGACUUGCUACCUGCCGGCCGAGUUUCGUCAAUGCUAUGGGCGUUCGGAACGUCAUUUCUACACUCGGGGGUCGUCAUUAACGGGCGCGAAUAUGCAUAUGGGGGGCACGAUAAACGCGGCGUUUCCGGCGUCUUUUGGUCUAAACCUAGGACUCUGCCGCCGGGCGGAUCGUUUCGCUGCGAGCUGUUACAUGGCUUCACGCUCGCCACCGAAGACGAAAUUAACGCGACCUUGCGGGCGGCUUCCCACCAGUUCCUAGGACCCGAUCACAACCUAUUGAAUAAGAACUGCAACCACUUUACCGCCUACAUUUGCAAAGCCUUGACCGGCGACCCCGGGCCAGGCUGGCUCAACAGAGCAGCCAGCAUCGGCAAGGCAAUGCCCUGUCUCGUGCCCCGGGACUGGCUUGAAGCGCCGGACCAUAUGGCAGUCGACGCCGAACUUCUCGAGACGGAUGACGAAUCAGACGAAGCGACAGAGCGAUCUACCAUGUUGCAAAAGGAUAGAAGGUCAAACAGACGCGGUACUCGCUCGUAG